UUGAGCAAAUAAAAGUCAAAUAUGUUGGUAAAUUUAAAUUAUCAUUGACCAUAUAGUAGUAGUAGUAGUAGUAGUAGUAGUAGUAGUAGUAGUAGUUGUUGUUGUAGUGGUGGUGGUGGUGGUAGUAACAAUGAUGAUGUCAUAUAUAAUAAUUACAUUUGAAUAAAUGUAAUAAUCAAAUACAUGACAACAUUAGAAAAAUGACCUAAAGGGAAGCUGUGAAUCACUUUAGGAGGAUUUCCCAGAGGGAUCAUUCAGUAACCAUAUUUAGCUAAUGAGUCUAAAGUAAGCUUCAAGCUGAGCUUUCCAGCAAUCAGGAUCGACCCACAAUGUCCCCUGGGCUGUCAGGUCAUACUUUGCCAUCUCAUUGGCCACCUUAACCCACAAUCCCUUCUGAAAGGCUAGACCUGAGCCUCUUCUGUCAGGAUGGUGCUCUGAGCAUUAUAUUAACACUCAUACAGAGAGAUAUGUGCAGAAAUUAUUGUGUAAUUAUGCUGGGGGAAAUAUGAAAGAAAUUGCUUGUUAGGAAUUUUAAGUUUUCAAGUUUUCCUUUGUCAUUUUAUGGAAUCACUAAGGGAUAAGUGUAAAGAUGCUGUCAAAAUUUAGAAGAGUUUUCUGAAGCCUUUAUUUGCAGAGGGUUUUGAGGACUGAGCUUACAUGUUUCUCUUUAUGCACAGAAAGUUUUUAAAUAGAAAAAGCAAUGCCAAUUCACAUGACUGGACAGUUGUGGCACAUUUUCUCUCUUGUGAAUUUCUCCUGAGCUCAGUGGCAUGCCCACCAACUCAGAAAAAUGGGACAUAUUCUGCACCAGAAAAACCCAGACACGUGGUAAUAUUUUUCAUCUGUUCUCUGAUGAAUUUAUCUGCUUCUGUUCUCCCUGUGUAGGAUCCUUUCUGCUUCAAUUACUGCUGCUUCUUGUUACCCCCUCAUCAGGCACUUCCUUUCUUAUAGCUCUCAUCUCCUCUCUGUUCCCCUGGGCUGGAUAUCAUUGCUUCCCUGUCUCUCUCUGACAUGGCAUUCAUUUCUGAGACCUGAAAUGUUUGGUCUGCUCCUUAAAAUCACCUCUCUUCCUCCUUUUGGGAAAAUUAAACCCUUGCAUUGGGUGUGAAGAAAAGAGAAUCUAAUGAGUCUUCAACAUUUCAGGAUUCUUAAGUCCUCACAGCUCUUCAAGGUAAUAAUUUUUAGCUUUCAUUUUACAUAUGGGACAACUGGGACAAGAUCUUUUUUAUAUCUAGCUUCAUUCCUUGUUUUGGGGGUGCUCAAAGGCCACAUUAUACCAGAAACCUGGAAGUUCAGGAAGGCUGAGAGCUGUCUGUAAGAGGUGAGAAGGGAUAGGACAUCAAUGAUAGACUUUGGGUACUUUGUGACUCAAAAAUAACUCUCUCCAAGCACUCCAAAUGUAUGGGUCCAGAAACUAAUUACAUCUUUAGUUAUAGGUAUUCUCUGUAAUUAUAUGCUCCGAGGUAUGUGGAGGUUCAGACCAGGGCAUGAGACACUAUAAUGGGGCAAACAUUUCCCGUUGCAAAAUUUUUCAGUGCCCUUCAUACAUCUGGUUUCAUGCAAGCCUCGACUGUCCAAAUCCCUUACUGGUUCCUAAUCAGAUCUGUUCCCUGUGAGUAGUAAAACCCUAGACUAUUCUUCCCCUAAGUUUCCUUCAUUCACUUAUUCACUCAUUCACAUAUUCAUUUUUAUCCUUUGGAGCAGUUAUAAUGCUAGGUACUUUUGUAUGUCUCAUCUUAAAAGAAGCUCCUCUUAGGCAGCUAUUCUUUGGAAAUUAUCUAGUCAGCUAACUCCACCUAAUUGUGAUAAUAACUGAAAACUUAUAGUGGUAAUGUUCUCAGAGCUGUUUCUGUUCUAAAUUUGGACUCACAGUCUGAAUAAAUGAAACAUCGAGAGUAAUGAAAUUGCAGCACCAGGUAAAAAUAGAAGUGAUUUUAUUUAUUUAUGUGAUCCCUCAAAUAACUCUACUACAAUACACCUAUAUACUUUUGAGGAAGUAUGGCUGCUGAUAAGGCAUACUUUCCGGGGUUAUCUUUCAUGAAAAUGUGCUUUUGCCUUUAUUUCUAAGAGAGAAAAUUUCCCCAAAGUUUAAGGAGUUUCUAGUGCUAGUAAGUGGGGCUCCAUUUAGAGAUGAGGAGCCUUUCUUUUUGGUGCCCUCCAAAAUUAUAAUGGGUGGUUCUCUGUCUGCAUUUCAUGGUUUGGUUCCUUGCUUUUCCGGCAUCUUCUGCCAAUGAUAUUCUGCUCUCAGGAUGAAUCCAAGUUGCUGUAGCUAGAACUACAGUGGUGAGCAAAAGAAAAAAAUUAUAUGGAAAAUGCAAUCGUUAUGUGACUGGAAGUAUUUAGGUUUUUAGAAAUAAUACAACUUAGCCUACUAUUCCCUCUUUUAGAAAUCAAGGGAGAGGUCUGUAUCCAACAGGAAUUUUCAAGCUCCACCUUAACACUGAAUUCUCACACUGACAUUCAAACUUGUCUUCUGGAUCACUGGAUUUGAAAAGGUUUUCAUUUAAUUCUGUGCUAGUUAUUGGUCACCUAGGUGAGAAGUACAGGCGAUGUGGACUUGAUUCCUAAGAAUAGCUUAAAUUUUAGGUGUCGUUUGGAUAAAUAACGGGAAAGAAAUAAUAAGUUCUUUGAGAAAUUCAAUGUGCCAGUCUUGGAGUAUGAGUGCAAGAGACAGAGCAGGACAUGAGGGGUCAAGAUGAUAUAGUCAGUGGUGUUGGAGAGUCAUUCUGAGUCUGUAGUUAUAAUCUGGGUUGUCAGUCCCGAGUAGCAAAUAGAGAAAGCUCAGCUUUGGAAAGUGAGUAGGUAGUCUAUAUUUUCAAAUGGCAUAAGGGCAACAGACUAGAGCUGAAGUUGAAUAGAUGACACAAACUGGGGAUAGAGAUUAUUACCAGAGUAUGUUCCCAUAUUCAUCAACAGUUUCCCUUAAUCAGUUGUAUUGCAUCUAGGAUACCUCUAUGCUGCCUUCUUUCUAAUUCAUUCACUUUUUCCUCACUCUGCAAAUCUCUAGUCACUACUCAUCUUCAGUUUCCAUUAAUGACCCCAUUUAAAUAUUUAUUGAAAAAACAAGCCAUUAGAUGGGAACUACUUCCUUCCCAACAACAAAUCUAUGCAUGUUUGAUGGAUGAAGUAAACCCACUCCCACCUAAGGCCAUGCUCUGCUUCUGCUCUGCAACCCAGCUGCUCUCAGACACUAUUUCUGCAAUUUCUCUUAUUCCUCCUGCAAUUUCUCCCUCUCUACUGGAUUAUUAUCAAGAGUUUACAAAACAUCGUCCAGUAGCUUUAAUAAUAAAACAACAAAAAAUAAAUUCUAAGACAUUAAAAGGAAGAACAAUAAAAGUGGACAGGGAGUUGAUCUUGGGUUGGAAUCCUGUAAAAAGAUUAUUUCAGAUUUUAGGAAAUCUAGAGACUUAAGGAAGUUUAUAAUUUCAGAGCAUAAAUUUUUGAGUAGGUAUGAAACUUUCUGAGUGGAGAAGAGCAUUAAAACACUUGAAUAUUUGUUAGAAGAAGAGGCUUUAUCUGAUUUAUUUCUUACAUUCUAAAGGAAAUAUUGAAGGCAAUGAGAAACCACAGUGUUGUUUCUGAGUUCAUCCUCUUCGGGCUGUCUGCUGACCCCCAGAUCGAGGUUCUCCUCUUUGUACUGUUCCUUGUUAUUUACCUCCUGACCCUGAUGGGGAACCUGAUGCUGCUGCUGGUGAUUAGGGCUGAUUCUUGCCUCCACACCCCCAUGUACUUCUUCCUGGGACAGUUGUCCUUCCUGGAUCUCUGCCACUCCUCUGUCACUGUGCCCAAGCUGUUGGAGAACCUCCUGUCUGAGAAGAAAACCAUCUCAGUAGAGGGCUGCCUGGCUCAGGCCUUCUUUGUGUUUGCCACUGGGGGCACUGAAUCCUGCCUACUCACUGUCAUGGCCUAUGACCGCUAUGUUGCCAUCAGCUCCCCUCUGCUCUAUGGCCAGAUGAUGAACAGACAAUUGUGUAUGGGGCUGGUGUGGGGCUCAUGGAGCGUGGCUUUUUUGGAUGCUCUUAUCAAUAUCCUUGUAGCUCUCAAUUUAGAUUUCUGUGGGGCUCAAAAUAUACAUCACUUCAGCUGUGAACUGCCUUCUCUCUACCCUUUGUCUUGCUCUGAUGUGUCUGCAAGUUUUACUGCCCUGCUCUCCUCCAGCCUCCUGCAUUUCUUUGGAAAUUUCCUCUUGAUAUUUUUCUCCUAUGUUUGCAUUUUGUUCACCAUCCUGAGUAUCAAUGCUACCACAGGCAGAAACAAGGCCUUCUCCACCUGCUCCUCCCACCUCACUGCAGUGAUCUUCUUUUAUGGCUCAGGAUUACUCCGCUAUCUCAUGCCAAAUUCAGGAUCCACUCAAGAGUUAAUCUUCUCCUUGCAGUACAGUGUGGUCACUCCUAUGCUGAAUCCUCUCAUCUAUAGCCUAAAGAACAAAGAGGUGAAGGCAGCUGUGAGAAGAAUUUUGAGAAAACGUAUCUAGCGUUCUAAUUGAUAGACUACAAAAUCAGAAUGAUGAGGGAAGAAAUGAAUAGAACCACAAUAAAUAAUGCAUGAAUAUUAAGGAGAAUUUUCUGAUAAUCAUGGUUUGCAAGAUACCUUACAUUGUUUCUUUAAAAUGCUGAAGAAAAGGUGGGAUUAUUUUCUUGGAAUGAUAGUUGUUCUGUCCUAGCCAGAGGAAAAUGGAUGGAUAAACCUCUUGUCUUACAAUUUUUCUUACAAAAUAUUUAAUUUAUUAUAGAUAGUAAGGUAGACUUUGUUAUUGCCUGCUUACACUAUCUUUACUAUCCUUCCAGUAACUAAACUCCAUGUUGUUCAGUAUAGUUCUAGAGAGACUGUUAAUUAUGGUGUCCCCAAAUUCUCUUUCCUCCCCCACUCGUUAUUCACUUAUUCUUCUUGAGACAGUGGCUGGUAUAGGAAUGAGCACAUGGUCAGUGCCACACCAUCCAUUCCCUUAGAAAUUUUAAUCUUGAGGAUAGAUUCAGAGAGGCAGAGGUCAACCUUUCUCUUUGCAGCACUGAUAGCCUAUCCCAGCGCCUCUGCUGCUAAGAUCACUAUUGUUAUCCUAGAUUCUGUACUUUCAAGGAAGAUUGAUAAAUGAAAUUAUAUUAAAAGCACGUGAUUAGAUAUUUGCAUCAUGUCAGGUACUGUGCUAAGUAUUUUACAUAUAUUAUCUCACUUAAAUACCCCAACAAAUGCUUUGGGUAAAUACUUUAGUUGUCCUUGUUCAGAAAAGAGAACGUGGACUUAGAGAGGUAAGUGAUGGGGGUGGAAUUUGGAAUCAAAUAGACUUAUCCCAAAGCCUGUUUUCUUUACUACCUUGACACACUGACUGUCCCUUUGGUGCUAUGAGCUACCCCAGACCCAGUUUAUGAAUUUCCCUUUUAAUGCUUUGUUAUUGUUGUUUUGUUUUAUUUCACUUAAGUAAGUCAGAGUUAGAUUCUGUCAUUUGCAAAGAAAAGAUAUCUAUAUCUAUAUCUAUAUAUCUAUAUCUAUCUAUAUAUAUCUAUAUCAUCUAUAUCUAUAUCUAUCUAUCUCUAUAUAUUGUAGUCUCUACAGCUGUGAGAGGGAGACACUGCUGGACAAGUAGCUCUGCCACUCAGCCCUAAUAAUGCUACAGAAAUGGCAGAAUGUGAGAGAGUCAAUGGCAGAGCAAAUGCUGCACUGUGCCUAUGACAAACUCUAAAAAGAAACCAAUGGAUUUUCAGCAAAAGCCCCUUGGAUCAUGAAAUAUAAUUGGAGGAUUACUGAGAAGGAGAUUUGGGAGAUUAAAGUUAUCAAGGUCAAAAAUCAUUAUUUCUUUCUGAAAUUACCGUUUAAUUUUUUUUAAUGUUUGUUUAUUUUUGAGAGA